AUGCAAUUCAAGACUAUCGUUGCUGCUUUCGCUACCGUCGCUGCUGUUCAAGCUGCUAAAACCUCUAAGGCCUCUAACGUCACCAACGCUACUAACGCCACCAACGGUACUCACUCUUCUGUCUCUACUGGUGCCGCUGCCUCCAACACCUUAAACGCUGGUAUCUUCGGUGCUGCUGUUGCUGCUGGUGUUGCUUUCUUAUUCUAA